AUGCAUGAAAAUACAACAAAAGUGAUGUUAUUUGGAGACGCCUGUCCUAACGUCACUGGUCCUUUAGCCCAAAUAUCAAAGUGGUGGAAUAUGUCUCAAUUGUCAUAUGCCGACACUGAUCCAAAACUGUCAGACAGAUCAACAUAUUCUAAUUUCUUUCGGACAGUUCCAAGUGAUAAAGAUUUUAACCCGGCUAAAGUGGCAUUUCUAAAGCGAUAUAAUUGGACAAGAGUGGCAACCUUAUUUCAGGAUGCAUCGAUUGAAUCUGACAGAUACGGUAUUGCACACAACAAGUUUAUACAAGUUCUUGAUGAUGCCAAUAUAGAAGUAUUAAAAGUGGAGAGUUUUCUCGAUGAUCCGAGUUCAGCUGUAGAAAAUAUAAAGACACCUAAAGAAUACAAGAAACAAUAUAAUGAUGUCCGUGACGGAGAGUUUAGUGUUUUCCAUGGUUAUGCAUUUGAUGGAAUAUGGGUGAUAGCUAAAGCUUUAGAUACAAUCCUUAGAAACAAAAGAUAUCCUACCAAAGUGAAAGAACAUUUUUUCAGAGGUGACGCAAUGGCACUUGCGUUGAACGAAACAGAUUUUAUCGGAGUUACAGGACGUGUACACUUUGACGGACCCGAUAGGAUUGGUUUGGUAUCAAUUAAACAACUACAAGAUAAGAAAUUAAAAGAAAUUGGUUCAUAUGACAGAUCAACGGAUGAACUUGUAAUAACGGAUAAAAUACAGUGGACAGGAAACGGGCCUCCAAUGGACAGAAAUUUAGUACGAACAGAGAUGUUAAGAGUGUCAGCAGUAAUAUAUUCUGGAAUAAGUGUCUUGGCUAGCAUUGGAAUUAUUAUUGCAGUAGUAUUCCUCGUUAUCAACAUUCUAUUCCGACACCACAGGUACAUAAAGAUGUCGAGUCCAAAUAUGAACAAUAUAAUAAUAAUUGGAUGCAUGGUGUCUUAUGCCAGUGUUUAUCUUCUUGGAUCAGAAGGAGGUGCAAUGAAAAGGGUUCACUCGUCCUCAUUAUGUGUAAUUCGUUCAUGGUUCUUGGCCGUUGGCUUUUCGUUAUCAUUUGGGGCCAUGUUCACCAAAACAUGGCGUGUUCACGCAAUUUUUACCAACAUAAAAUUAAACAAAAAGAUAAUUCAUGAUUACAAACUAUUUUGUAUGGUAUUCACUCUGGUUUUGCUAGAUGCCAUUAUAUUGACCACGUGGCAAAUCAUGGACCCGCUGUAUAAAGAUACUAGGAAUCUCAGUUCCUAUAUCAUGGGUGAUUACGAGGUAAUACCUAUAAUGGAAUACUGCACUAGCAGCUAUAUUCCGAUAUGGAUGGGAAUCAUAUAUGCCUACAAAGGACUUUUGUUAGUAUUUGGUUGUUUUCUCGCAUGGGAUACAAGACAUGUAACGAUUUCAGCACUAAAUGAUUCAAAAUACAUUGGAAUGAGUGUCUACAAUGUUGUCAUGAUGUGUUUGUCCGGAGCAGCUAUUUCGUUUGUAAUAAAUGACAAACCUAAUCCCGAAUUUAUCAUCAUAAGUCUGCUGAUAAUUUUCUGUACAACCAUAACUUUGUGCCUUGUCUUUGUACCAAAGAUAGUUGAAUUAAAAAUUGAUCCAAGAGGCGACGAUAGAAGAAUACGAGCUACGCUUAAAAGGAAGGGAAAGAAAAAAGAAGAAAAUGGUCCAUUGUUUAAAAAAGAUAUUAAAGAUGUCGAAGAACUUAACAAACAGUACAAAGAAAUAAUUAAACAGAAACGUGCAGAAAUCAGAAAUCUACUGGAACAACUUGGAGAAGACCCCGACUCCUUCCUUUACAAAGGAAAAUACACACUGGGCGAUACACCACGAAAAACAGUUGUUGGAUUGAAAGUUUCUGAUUCACCAACUAAAGUUUCUAGAGUAUCUUCAACACUUGAGGGAGAAGACUUGUCAAUGUGUUCAGAAUACACAAACACGUGGUCAGUUGAUACAUCUCAAGUACGGAAACGACUGUUGUUAAUGUCAACAAAGUCUGUUACAAGUUCCGAAACAACAAAUACUGACAGCAUAGAACUUACAGAUUUAAGAAAAGGUCAGAAUAUCCGAAUGGCUAAUAUGAGACAAUCAUCGUACGACGAGCAAGAGGAAUUCGGAGGAGUUUACCUUGGUCCACCAGAGUGCAGUAAAACACAUAAAUGUAUUGGAAAUGCUAAUGACAGAAACCAUGUGAUUCCAAACAAUAAGAUUAACGAGGAAGUUCGAUUAACUGAUCUAAAUUUGACAGUAAAAUAUAAUGCUAUCUCAGAUGUUGAUAGUUUGUCAAGUUUUCCAGACGAAGAGUUGACAUAUCUGUAGACAGAUUUUGUUUUUACUAUAUGACGUGUACUUAUGUGUCUUUCUAGAGCAUUUUGUACAUUUUCAACUACUGGGGGAAAUCAUGUGAUACUAUUGAAGAAUUGUAAAUAAACAAAAAUGAAUGUUUGGAUUGAAAUUUCUCAAUUAUGCAUGUUGGAAUAUUGCCAUGAUUUCAAUUUUAAGGAUGAUAAAUCUUACAAU